AUCCUCUUCCGCCACCUUCGAAGCCCGCGCGGCCCGCGGAUAAUGAUCGUCCCAGGAUAGGCAGCAAAAUUUACCUCUACUCGGCCGUUUCACCCAAGCCCGGAAGAACGUCGUCAUGUGCGGCCGAAUGGCAUGUGCCCUGAACAAGGGCUGCCUGCAACAUGCCUGCCAGUACCAAGACGCCACCGGCCAGUACCGGUGUCCGAAGUGGGUCGACCUCAACAGCCAGGGCAAAUAUAAGCCCUCCUACAACAUUUCUCCACGGACGUACCACCCGGUUCUGCUCAACAGCUGCCUGGCCCCCGGUGAUAAGAGGGUCAAGAAGGAGAAGGGGGUGGACGAAGGUGUCAUCAUGACCUCCAUGCGCUGGGGCCUGGUCCCCUCGUGGCACACCAGCGACCCCCGCAACUUCCUCUUCAACACGGUCAACUGCCGGGUGGAGGAGUGUAUGGAGCGCCGCAGUUUCAAGGGAGCCAUCGCCGCCGGGCGGCGCUGCGUAGUGCCCGCAGAGGGGUUCUUCGAGUGGCACAAGGAAGACAAGACGUCUCGACAGCCCUACCUGGUCUACUUCCGCCAGCCCAAGGCGGUCUCGAUGGCCGUCCGCACCUGGGACGACAUCUCGGACGCCCAUCAGCUCAUGCAGGGCGGCCAGUGGGCAGGGCCCAGGCUCCUCACCAUGGCGGGCCUCUUUGAUGUCUCCACGUGUGAGGAGGAUCUGUACAGCUUCACAAUUCUCACAAUGAACUCGCCAAAGUACCUGCAGUGGCUUCACGACCGAGUGCCUGUCAUCUUGAGUGGAGAAGAUGCCGUUGCUGAAUGGUUGGACCCGAACAACAGUUUUGAAAAGCUGACACGGUCGGUGCACUGCCCCAAAGACCUCGAGUGGCACCCCGUUUCCUCGGAGGUCGGCAAAGUCACCAACAAUAGCGUCAAGUGUGUCCUGCCCAUCUCAAAGACCAGCUGCACGGAAAGGGCGACGUCGCUGUCACCCUCGUCAUCUGGCAGCAGUACAGUUGAAGAUGCCGCAGCGCAGAGAACUCCGGCUUCUCCUGUUGUGCAGCACAAUCAACGCUGGACCUGUGAGGCUGCACAGCAGUACCAGAGAAGGGCCAAGCGACAGCUGGAUUUGGAGGAUGAGAACAUACACCUUGAGGGAAAGUAUAGAAAUGGUGCCAUACAGGCUGCAAACGCAACCCUCGCUGCAGCAAAUGCUGCACGGAGUUUCUAUGCUUUAGGCGAGGAAGUGCUCAGGGAGAAAAGAGAACUCGUUAGACUUGAAACUACUCGAGCACAGCUGCAAAUUGAACUGAUAAAAAGACAAUUAGGGCAAGAUUAACUCAUGUAAUAAUCUACUUGCAUUUUUUGUGAUUGAGUUUUAUACAUAUUUUGUGUUUUUUCUGAACUAUAUAUUGUGUUUGCACGAUUCUAACGCGCACUUUUUUUCGCCAAAAUUGGUGCCUAAAAUUGCAUGCGCAUUACAAUCAAAAUUGAAAACCAAAACUGAAAAGAAAAACGCAGUACUCGGUAUAAGGCAGCUAGCCCAAUCGCCUUCGUGACCGUUCGUUUACAUUCGCCAUUUUCGUAUCCGUAUCGCGCAUUCUUUUGCCUUUACGGACUCGUGUCUACCGUUUUAAGAUGGAAAAACAAAAUAGCUAAAUUCCACUAGGAGGCUUUAUUUGAACGAAGCAUCAUCACACUGGCAGGAAACGAUAACAACGGAGCGAUACUGGGUGGCCUCGCAAUCCCAGCGACCCGACGAGCUCGCGAAGUGUUGUUUGGAAGACGUCCCUCUAGUACGCGACGGUUGCACACUUGUACAAGCGCAAGAAGCACGGCACCUCAAAUGUUGUAGACGAAAGCAAGGAAGACCUUCUGCGGUCUGUGGACAGCGAAGAACCAUAGCCAGAUUUUGACAGCGGCGACUGGUGCGCGGUAAUUAUUUUUGCGUAUUGGGCGUGCGUUUCCUAAAAUUGGUUCUAUGAGGUAUGUGUUCAAAGUCCAGUAUUUUAGGUGCACGGUACAAUUGGGCACCAAUUAAAUUUUUCAAUAUCUGGGAGCUAAAUUUGCCUCCGUGUAAAAAUCAGAGGCGCGUUAGAAUCGUGCAAACACGGUAUGCUUGACUCUUUAUUUAUUUCAUGCAGGCUGUCUACAAGGGCAGAUCGCGCACACCUUUUUCCUUUUCGUUAACUAUCACCACACUAGACCAGCGUGGUUGUUGUGAUCGUAAUAUUUUACGCUGUGGUUAAGUAAGCAACACAGGAUCAUACUGGCAGUGUGGCACCCAGGCUUUUGACGCCUCGUAGGCGGCAUAUAUUUCGCAUGGAUGUCUAAAAUAAAAAUGCAAGUUAAGCUCAAAGGCGGUUGUAUAAUUUCUUUUCUCUUAUAUCCUCUCGCAUGUUUCCCUUCCAUAACGCGGCUCCCCGUCACAUUUUGGGAGAGGAGGUCGCCAAGACUAUUAGCCUCCCGACAGAAGACCAAGGUUGAGUGUCUGUCUUUUAAGUAAAGGUCUCAAUAACUGAUGAGUGGACCACAGACAAUCUCUGACUUGCAUCUGCAAAUAUUCCUUGUGCUUGUAAAAUAAAGGCUCUUUCAGCUUGGAUAUGCUCCUGCGACCUAUG